GAUCUGUUGGCAAAACUAAUUAAUCAGUGGGGAAACAUGGCAGCAAAGACAUCACACUCUUGUACCACUACAAAACCAAUUAGCACCUCAUAAACCCUUUCUUGAUACCUUCCCACCACCUUCCCAUGUACCUUAUAAUAACACACUCAACACCACCAACACCACCUUCCUCUCCAUAUCUAUCUUCAUCUACAUUCAUUCAUUCAUUCAUUAAUUCAUUGAUCAUUUUAACAAUGCCAUCUUCAUCAUCAUCAUCAUCAUCAUCAAUGAUGAUAUCUCCGACGAAGCUUCGAUCAGACUUAUACUCAUUACCGGAGAGCGAAGAGACGCCGUCGGUGAUAUCGGUCUUAGCUUCAUUGGUGGAGAGAGUGAUAGCAAGGAAUGAGAGGAUUAAUGGAGGGGAAUGCAGUAGUAGAUUUGGUAUUGGAAAUGAGAGAGUUUUGGACAUGAGUGUCAAGUGUUUCAUGGAAAGAAUAUUUAGGUAUGCAAAGGUGGCACCACCAGUGUAUGUGGUUGCAUAUGUUUAUAUGGAUAGGUUGGCUAAUUUCAAUCCUGAGUUUAGGAUUUCUUAUGCCAAUGUUCAUCCUUUGCUCAUCACUGCCAUCAUGGUUGCUUCCAAAUUUGUUGAAGAUUUGAAUUACAGGAACUCAUACUUUGCAAAGGUGGGGGGAUUAACAACAGAAGAGAUGAAUAGACUUGAGAUUGAUUUCUUAUUUAUGAUGAGAUUCAAAUUGCAUGUGAAUGUGAGUGUUUAUGAGAGUUAUUGCAUGCAUUUGGAAAGAGAGGUGAGCAUUGGUGGAGGUUAUCAGAUUGAGAGGACUCUAAGAUUCAUGUUGAUGUGUUCUCAUGAUGAAGAUAAUGUUUCUUCAUUCUCAUCAUCAUCAUCCAAAUACAAAUAUAUCAGAAAGAGUACUACUAAUGUGCCGUUCAAUCAACAACACCUUGCCAAAGUCCUUUAAACAGCAUCAUUCUAUUUUUGUUUUUGUUCCAUCUUUCUCUCCAAAGUCCAAACACACAAAUCAAGUUGUGUAUAGAUUAAUUAUAAGUAUAAACAUACUUAAUAUGUUGUUAUGAUUUAGAAACCCUUGUAUUUCCCUGUCUAUGGUGUAGCUUUGAUCUUUAUUAUCUUCUUUGGAAGUCCUAGCUUUGAUCUUUUUUUAUCGAAAUACAUAAAGCUUGGAGUUGUUUUAUGUAAUAAUGUCUAUUUAUCUUUGAAAAAUAUAAAUAAAAAUUACAUGAAAA